AUGCAACGAAAGCGGCGUACGUUGAAUCCGCACUAUCAAACCUUGGCUGGAGUUGGUGGCGAUGUAUUUGGAGCGGACAAGAAGGCGGCUGGAGGUGGUGGUGGAGGGGGAGGAGGAAAACCAAAAGCUCCUGCGAAUCAGUACUUAAUCAUAUUUAGGGCCGCCAAAGCCGCAACAUUUGAUCCCAAUUACCAAACUUUGGCUGGAAUCGGUGGCGAUGUAUUUGGUGCCGACAAAAAGGGAGGAGGUGGCGGCAAGCCUGCUGCACCGAAAGCACCAGCAAACCUCGGUGCGAAAGGCAGGCACGUUCGACCCGAACUAUCAAACUCUGGCCGGUAUUGGAGGCAACGAGGUGUUUGGUGCAGACAAGAAGCGAUGAUCCUGCUGAACUUCCACCUUUUUCGAGCAAAAUAUUGA